AUGGCAUAUCUUCAUCCUACUGACCCUUCACUCCCUCUAGGGUCUACCGUUACACAAGCAACACCUACCCAUCCUAUUCCUAUUCCUACUGAUGUGCCAGAAAUAAGUAUCGGCCUCCAUGGAGCAGUCAUGGAGGAUGAGGGGAUGAGGAAGAAGCAAGCCCGUGACAAAGCAUGGGGCCAUUACUCGAACCUUCAAGUCAAGAUGCAUAGGUUCCCUCCAUCCCUGUGGGAGUUCUGUCAAGGACGCAGCUUUAUUGUCCCAAAGAUGGUGGCUAUAGGCCCUUACCACCGGCACCUCCCUGAGCUGCAAGCCAUGGAGGCGGUCAAGAAGACGGCACCACUCUUCUUCUGCCAGGGCGCCCCCAUGAAGGCGUACGAGGAUCGGGUCGCCUUCGUUGCAGACGCCGCUCGAAGCUGCUACGACGCUGAGUCGCUCGAGGGCCUCAGCGACACUGCUUUUGCGUCCAUGAUGUUCCAUGAUGCUUGCUUCUUGCUGGCGACCAUGCUUGCUAUGACGGUGCCCGAAGAAGCGUGCAAUCUGCCGUUCCUAUGCUUGGCCGCCGGCAACGCACCUGUUGUCGUGACAGACAUGUUUCUGCUAGAGAACCAGAUCCCAUGGGUGGUGCUCAAGGCCCUCAUGAGGUUAAGAAACAUGGGCUUGCCUGACUUGAGCGCGUUCCUUGCCAUGAUGGGAAUGAAUGUCCAAUCCCGCAUUGAUCGCGAGGCAAGGCCCUUGGAGAUCGGAGAGUACGACCCACCACAUCUUCUUGGCCUCUUCCGUUUCUACCAAUCUGGCAACGUUAGGGGCAGGCAACCUGAGAAACAGCUCGCACAGGAAGCGCUGCUCGAAUUGGACGUACUGGACAUGACCGGUGGGUGGCUUUCGGGAAAAAUAGAUACCGGAGGACCGGCGACGACCACUACGGGAAGACGGACUCGAAUUAUUGCAAGGGCUGACGCAGGGAAGCCGACCGGUGCUGCGCCGGCCACUAUGACGCUGGAGAGGUUGCCGCUAGGUACAAGCGCCAUCGAACUCGCCGAAAUCGGCGUCAAGCUGACCCUCAGCAAGACGUCAGAGUUCACGGACAUAGGAGUCACGGAAGGCCCCCUCUUCCGCAAGAUCUUCCUGCCGUCACUGCGCCUCAAUGAGAACACCGCAUGCUGGCUCCUCAACAUGGCGGCUUUCGAGACAAUCACUGCUUUACUCGAUCGUGACUACAUUGUCAGCUCCUACCUGGCCCUCUUCGCCAUGUUCAUGGACCGAGAAGAAGACGUGCACGAGCUCCGAGCUAAGCGUCUUAUCCACGGCGAGUUCACCGACAAGCAGACCCUCGACUUCUUCAAGGGCCGCCAUGCCGGCAAUCUGCACGCAGGGGAUGACUUCUACCGCAUCUUACGACGGCUCGAGAGGUACAAGCAAAGAUGGUGGAUGUGGAUCGCCAUCCAUAGGUUCGUCUAUAACAAUGUCAAGAUCAUCAUCGCGGUGCUCUCCAUCAUCGGCGUGCUCGUCGGGAUCUUCAAAACAAUACUUCCCCUCAAGCAACACUAG